AGUUCGAGUCCUCCCUUGUUAUUACUUCCCUGAAUCUCCCCACAGGAUGCAUAGAAUCAAGCAAACGCAUCAGAUUUGGAAACGGUAGAUGCUAUGCUGAUCCACCAUAACAUCGAAACGUUCCUGCCAAGUUUGGAAAGCAGAAGCACUUUAUAUGCCAUCAUCGUGUCUCCUCUUUUUUUCACCAAGUUUCUUCAAUGGAGAUCCCAAACACAUCCACCCGCACGUGCGUUCUAAGAGUGAAUGCCAAGUGUUGCAAUGCUUGCCGAAACAAUGCCAAGAGAAAGCUGCAGAGUGUCCCUGGGGUGAGGGAAGUGGAGUGCAAUGAAGAAGGGCUGAUAAGAGUGGAAGGAGAGGUGAACCCGGCGAGGCUGCUGCGUCGGGUCGAGAAAUGGGGCCGAAAUCACAAAUGGGGAAGAAAUGCGGAGAUUGUGUCAGUGCAGAACAAUCAGCCAUUUGCUCAUGACAGGGGCCAUCAGAUGAGUCACGUUCCUGAGAACCCUCCGCCUCAGAGCCACUGCUUCCUUCUCAGGAGCUGCUUCGGCAUGAAACCAAGAAAGCCAAAGGUCCAGCCUUUGAUGGAAACCAGAAACUGGCAUUUCGCCCCCGCACCACCGCCUGCAGUGUAUCCUCCGCCGCAGGCCAUGAAUGGGCCACUGCCAGUGCCAUACCCUCCUCCUCGUUUCGGAGCCCUUUCACCACAUAUGCACUACCCACGCUUUUGAGAAAAAAAAAGGCCUUUUUUUUUG